AUGUUGAAAGUGGAUAUACGAAAAGCUUAUGAUUCUGUAGAAUGGGAGUUCCUUCGAGAGAUGUUGGUAACCCUGAACUUUCCACCUAAGUUCAUAUCCUGGAUCAUGGCAUGUGUGACUUCUCCUUCUUUCUCCCUAAGCUUGAACGGGGAACUACAUGGGUUCUUCAAGGGGAAGAGAGGCCUACGGCAGGGGGACCCCAUGUCUCCUCUGCUAUUCGUCAUUUGCAUGGAAUACCUGUCAAGGCUGUUGGAAUAUGCACAGAAUCAAAAGGGAUACCAGUUUCACUACAGGUGUAAACCUCUAGCCCUGAACCACCUAGUCUUCGCAGACGACCUCAUACUAUUCUGCAGAGGAGACUAUGAGCCUAUCAUGUGGAACAUGAGAGCUCUAGCUACCUUUGCUGCUGCCUCUGGUUUAAAUGAAAACGCGGGCAAAUCAGCCAUCUAUACUUGCAACAUGAAGGAGGAGGUCAAGAAUAAUAUUUUGCAUGAAACAAGAUUUAAGGAGGAUUCCCUUCCUUUCACCUACCUUAGAGUUCGGAUAAGUGCCAAAAGGCUGAAUAUGGAUGACUGCCAAUUCCUUAUUGAGAAAAUUAUCACCAAACUGAGAACCUGGGGGGCUGAGAACUCUAUCUUAUGCCGGAAUUACUUAUGGGAUGGUAAAGCUAGCAGUAGUAAAACUCCCCUUAUUGCCUGGGACUUAAUUUGCAGAGAUAAAAAAGAAGGGGGUCUAGGAUUUAAAGAAAGUCAUGCGUGGAAUGUAGCCCUCCUAGGAAAAUAUAUUUGGAGCGUGGCAACUAAAGUUGAUAACUUGUGGGUAAAGUGGGUCAACCAUGUCUAUUUAAAAGGAAAAGAUUGGAAGAAUUACACUCCCAGCUCUACUGUUAGCUGGUAUUGGAGACAGCUCACUCAUAUCAAAGAUACAUUCAGAGGAGGGUACAGCAGAGACAGAUGGACUUUUGAUAGUAAAGGCUACUCUGCAACAAGUGGCUACAAGUGGAUAUGGAAAACCCGGGAGAAUGUGCCAUGGGCCAGUUGGGUCUGGAAUAGAAUGAAUAUCCCAAAGCAUAGCUUCCUGUGCUGGAUAAUCAUGUGGGGGAGAUUGAAUACCAGAGAUAGGCUAUCCAAAAUGGGAAUCCAAUGCGACACUAUAUGCCCGAUGUGCGAGAGGCAAGAUGAAUCCAUAGAACAUCUAUUUAGAGAGUGCAUUUAUAUUAAGUGGUGCUAUGAAAUCCUGACAGGGAAGUUAGAUUUAACCAUCCCACAAGGUUCCAUGCAACAGCUUAGCUCUUGGCUACAUAAACCCACAACAGGUUCCUUCAGAAAUAAAGUCAUCAAAACCAUUGUGGUAGGCCUCUUAUAUCAAGUUUAG